AUGGCAAACAUGCAACGUAGCUACCGCUUCAUCUAUCUUAAUGCAAGCAACUACGCGAAUGCUGCGGGAGGCAAUCAGGCGGUCAACAACCCAAACGCCAACGCUGCAGGAGGAGACCAGGCGGUCAACAACCCAAACGCCAACGCUGCAGAAGGAGACCAGGCGGUCAACAACCCAAACGCCAACGCUGCAGGAGGAGACCAGGCGGGAAAUGACCCAAACGCCAACGCUGCAGAAGGAGACCAGGCGGUCAACAACCCAAACGCCAACGCUGCAGAAGGAGACCAGAUGCAAGGAGGCAUGACAUUGACGAUACCGCGGGGAGUAAUAGAUAUGUGGGAACUGGGACAGAGGGUGGUCCAAGAAAACCAGGCGCGGGUCCGCCAAGGCCUACGGCCUGAAGUGCUCCCCCCAAUGGCACGUUGGGAGCGGUGUAUACUUGUCAUGUUUGUAGAAAGGAGGAGAUGGAACCUGAUCAGACAGAUGAAUGAGUUGAGGGAGUUGGAGCUUGUGCUAGGGUUGGAGGGCAUGGUUUAG